ACUUACCACUGCUUGAUCCACUAGAUUGCAAGAAGAAAAAUGUGUUAAAGUGCUUCAAAGGGAAGAAUGGAGGAAAGGGAGCAAGAACAAGUCGUGGGACAAGAGGAAAAUGAAAAUGAAAGGAGAAAGACCAAAAUGAAAGCAGAAGGGCGGGUCGACAGGGCAAUAGGGAAACUUACCGACAAAACCCACAUUGCUACAGAAAAUAAAAGCUGCAACACCAGUGGUCAGCAGCCGGAUUCGCGGGGAGUUGCUGAAUGGCAAAUUACCGACAAGGAUUAUGUCGGAAAAUUUCAUCAAAAAGCUGCACUCCCUGAUGCAGGGAGCCAACUAGUUGGCGGGGGCGUGCUUCUCGUCGGUGAUGUGCCUUUCCGUCCUUCCCCCACUGGCCGGAGUGGUGGCUGCAAUUACUGACAAGUAACACGUAUGUAUAAACUUAAAUUACCGACAAGUGUUACGUCUGUACAAUAAAUAAUAUAUCUUACUGGCAUUUCUAUUGUUUCUCAUGUUGUAGACUUAAUUCUUGUUAGUAAAAUGAUGCUUCACUG